GGUUUACAUAAGUGUUUGAAAGGAGCAGUAAUCGAUUGUACGACGUGCGCGUAUCCAUUUCUCGCAUCACGUAGUGAGGUUCUUCCUGUUUGGUGUAGUGAAAGGUACUCCAUUCCGAAAUUAUCCGAAAUGGUUAAAAUGGAACAUGAUGAUGGCAAAAAUGAACCCGAACAUGUUAGGAAAUUAUUUAUCGGUGGUUUGGACUACAGAACUACAGACGACUCUUUAAAAAAACAUUUCGAAAAAUGGGGGGAAAUUGUGGAUGUAGUUGUAAUGAAAGAUCCAAAAACCAAACGGUCCAGAGGAUUUGGUUUCAUUACCUACUCACGUGCUCACAUGGUGGAUGAUGCUCAGAGUGCCAGGCCUCAUAGAGUAGAUGGACGCGUAGUUGAACCUAAGAGAGCUGUGCCUAGGCAAGAAAUUGGUAGACCAGAAGCUGGUGCAACAGUAAAAAAAUUAUUCGUUGGUGGUCUAAAAGAUGACCACGAAGAAGAGGACCUUAGGCAAUAUUUUCAGAGUUACGGUAGCAUAAAUUCAAUCAGUAUCGUCACGGACAAAGAAACUGGGAAAAAGCGCGGCUUCGGUUUCGUCGAAUUCGACGAUUACGAUCCCGUCGAUAAAAUUUGCCUGCAACGUAAUCAUCAAAUACGCGGCAAACAUGUCGACGUGAAAAAGGCUUUAAGUAGAGCGGAGAUGGCCUCCGCGUCUGGUGGCGGUGGUAGCGGUGGUGGCAGUAGCAGAGGAGGGCAAAACGUGGGAAGAGGACCUCGUGGUGGUAAUCAAGGAGGUGGUGGUAACUGGGGAGGACGAGGAAGUGGCGGCGGUGGAGAUUGGAAUAACGGUGGUAAUCAGGGUGGUUAUGGUGGAGGUAAUCAAGGAGGUUGGGGAGGUAACGGCCCGUGGGAGAAUCAGAAUCAAGGUAAAGGAGGUGGAUGGGGUGGUCAAGGAGGUCAGGGCGGAUAUAACAGCGGCGGAAACUGGAGUAACGAUAACUUCGGAGGAGGUUAUCAACAAGGCUAUGGCGGUGGUCCAGUUCGGAAUAACUUCAACUCUGGAGGAAGACCUGCUCCCUAUGGUAUUAAUAUGGGUCCUAGUGGCCGACAAUCUGGAGAUUCGAGAUGGCAAUCACCCUUUGGUGGACAAGGCCCAAUGGGUGGUGGCAAUUCUGGUGGAGGCGGUGGCGGUGGUUAUGGUAAUCAAGGUGGCUACGGCGGUAGUUCAAUUGGGGGUGGAAACAUGGGGGGAGGAGGCGGUGGCGGUGGAAGAAGAUACUAAAGCACUUUACUCAUGGACACUCCCUCACUUGGUGAACCUUCUACUUGUCUUCUAGUCGCCAGUACUUCUGUACUGUUUAGUAUUGGAGCAGGCAGGGCUAUAAGGCUAGAGACAAGACCAGGCAGGACAAUCAGGAUACAGGACAGAGAAGCGUCAUCUCUUAGAUCACAGUGAGGGAGGCUUUGCUUGUAUUUCUUUUGGUAUCUAGCACCUACCAUAUAUAUUUUACAUACUCUACCAUUUAUGUAAAAAUAUUGCAUCACAAUCUUCUAGACUGUGCUUGCACAUAUCGUGUAGCACAUAUGAUAUCCGACAACAAAAAGUAAAUAAUUAUUAACAUUUAACUGGCGUCACCGUUAGAAAACAAGAAAGAGACUCAUUAAUUUGAUCAUUCGAUUGCUGUGUCUAGGGAUACAUGCGUGCCAUCCAAAUAUUGAAGUAUGUAAUACUUUGCUACAUUCGCUUCUAUAUCAUCUCCAAAAAUGAUUACAGACAUAGGAUUAUGCAAUAGACGUUGGAGAGCACGAUUGUUUCUCUAAUUUAGUAAAAUGUAUUGAAUUAGCGGUCCAUGUAAGAAUCUAGGUUUUACUACGUUGAUGCAGACUUUUAUUUCAUAUUAUGAAAGGUGAUUCUUAUGUAGACCAAAAAUCUCAGGAUAACACAAGAAACGCAUGAAAAAGUGUCAAUAUGAAAUGAAUCAAUGAAUUUAAAAAAAGAAAAGAAAUCAGAUAGCACGAAUAUCAGUUAGCAUUUUUGUAGGUUACCUAGAUUAACUAAUUUUUAUUUUUUAAGUUGUAAUGUUCAAAGAGUUAGCUAAUAAAAAUGACCAGAACCUUUUC